AAGACUAUAUUUAAAACAAAAUAAGAAAAAAAAAAAAAGUGGAAAACAAAUGCAUGAAUGAAUUACUCACUCUUUCAGGCGAUUGAGAAAAAAAGGGAAAAAAAGGGAGUAGUUGCCUUAAAUACGGUACAGGGAGAGGAGGGGGGGAAGGGGGCCUCCGACACAUUCAGCUGUGAUUUGGGUUGAUUUCUUGGAAGAAAUUAAGCCUCAGUUUCGAACUCUUCCCAAUUCAGAGAAUUGGGAUGGAUCCCCUACUGCAACACAGCGGAUGGAUAGAACAACAGGAUAACUACUGUGAAGCUACUCUUCAUUAACCUUAAUGCUGUGAAUGGAGCCUUCCUUUUUUUGAUUAAAAGGAACCCUUAUUGCUAUAGAUUGGUGCUCAGGGUAAAAUAAAGACCUCCAGUGAAAGGUCAAUGGAUCCUAUGAGCGAUAAAAAAUUAUUUAGUCCAUAUGAAGAGGAGCUGGACGCCAAACAUCUCGAGGUCAACUGUAACUUAGAGCAAGAGUGUGAUAGUCCCAAAGGUGCCCAGUUUGACUUAAUGCAAUCCAGACUUUCGUUAGAAAAUGAAGACGACAUAGAUGAGGUGCCAAAAGUUGGAAUGGAGUUUGAAUCAGAAGAUGAUGCUUAUGUCUUUUACAAUAGGUAUGCUAAGGUGGUUGGUUUUAGUGUUAGGAAAGAUUUUCUAAAUAAGAGUAAGGUAAAUGGUACAGUGGUAUCAAGAAGGUUUACUUGUUUCAAAGAAGGUUAUCGGCGGAAAGAUAAACGAGAUAUUAAUGUGAAGAAACCCCGAAAGCAAACAAGAACUGGUUGCUUGGCACAAAUGACCAUUUCUCGUCAACCUAAUGGGAAAUAUCGUGUCAUCCAUUUUGAAGCAAAACACAAUCAUGAGGGUGUUGGUCCACAUCUAGUUCAUAUGCUACCUUCACAGAGGAGGUUAGCUUUUUCACAAGCUGCUGAAGCUGACCUAAAGGUGCAAGAACACCUUAAAUUGGCCUCAACAAGCCGUUACAAAGAUAUCUGCCUCAGAGCAGUUAAGAUAUCAUCGAGGGCUGCAGAAUCCAGAAAAGCAUUUCUAUUUGCUGUAGAAAAAUUUGAUGAAGUGAUGCAAGAAGUGGAAAAAAUAUUGAAGAUGAAACCCUGUGAGGAGAAUCAAGUUUCCGCAUUAAGCAAACAAGCUGCGAAUGGAGAAGCAAGUGAUCAUAUAGGGAAUGUUGAAAAGGAGGAUGUUGUCUGUGAUGUAAUUCAACAGAACAGCAUUUCAGGAUCCCUGAAAAGAAAUGAGGAUAUGCAAACCUCCCCACCAAACACUGAUUCUUCCAUCCCAUGUCCUCCGCCGCCUUACUGUCUACUUCAGGUCCCCACUCCAAGUCCAGCUACAGAGGGACUGUCGAGCCUCGAGGCCAACCCAUUGAUGGGUUACAUGUACCAACCACCCAAUCUAGUCAUGUGCCAACAAUCCAACCUUAGUACGUUUCAAUCAUCAAACUUCUACAGUAGUCAACAUGACUUCCCAAGCCAUAUUCAGUUGCCACAGACAAUGGAUUGCGAAGAUCAACAUCCAAUGUCAACCUGAUUCAUGUGUUCUUGGGGGCCAAAGCAUAUGCUUGCACUUGCACCCUGGGGCAGUGGAUCAAUACCUCAUCAUGUUUGUUUGUAAAGAAAAUUAUAUUUUGAAAAAAAAGUCUUAUAAGUUAUAUGGCUGGAGGGAGUGGCACAGAUCUGGGCGUAUAGACUUGAGAAGAUUGAGAGGAAGAAGUGGAAGUUCUGGAAAGGAAGUCCCGCAUUAAUUUGGAUGGUGGGAGAAGUGGUCAUGAGGUUUGACAAUGAGCAGCAUUUGAGCAGAACAGCAGAGCUUUAGAAGUACAGGUAGGGGGUCUAAAGGAUGAGAACCCAGAAGCUUGGUUGUCUCCGCUCAAGCUCAUCAAUAAUGAUACAUCCAUUGUGGUCCCCAUCCAAAGGUUCAUCAAUGGUACUUCUCAUACUUUCUUUCAGGCAUUCAAUAACACACCAUUUCAGGAGACUAGGUAGGAAUGCUAAUCCUAUCCACUGUAGCUAUGGAUUUGCCAACUUCUGUAUAUUAUUAUUAAAAUAAAAAUAUUCUGAUCACAGAUUUUGGUAAUCAAUCCCCUUUUUUUCUUGGUUCCA